AUGUUUAGUGCCGACAAUAACACAGUCCAAUUUACAAUUAAUAGAAUACAAUAUUCAGUAUCCGAUGAUAGUGUACUCAAUAACACGUCUCUUCUUGUAUAUAUCCGCGAAUAUGUGGGUCUUCGAGGCACAAAAGCGAUGUGUCACGAGGGUGAUUGCGGUGCCUGUAUCGUAAGUGUAACAUCCAAAGGCAAAACAAUAGCCGUGAAUUCCUGUCUUGUACCAAUACUGAUCUGCGACGGAUGGCAUAUUCUAACGACUGAAGGUCUAGGAAACAAAAGAAACGGUUAUCAUUCGAUACAAACUUUGCUUGCUACAAAAAAUGGUUCGCAAUGUGGCUAUUGCUCUCCUGGCAUGGUAAUGAAUAUGUACAGCAUCCUUCAGGAUUCACAUCUGUCUAUGCAGGAAAUUGAAAAUUCAUUUGGUGGCAACAUUUGUCGAUGCACCGGAUAUCGUGCAAUUUUGGAUGCGUUCAAAACAUAUGGCACCGAUGCACCUCCAUCAAUGGUGAAAGAGAUUCAUGACAUUGAGGAGUUAUACAAAAUCAAAUCUUGCCAGAAAUACGGAAUGCUACGUAUAAGUAGUUGCGACAAACAAUCUUCUGAUAGAAACACAAUGUUGAGCAUAAAGUUAAAGGACCGCGGAUACUUCUACAAAGUUCUCACUGUCGAGGAUUUAUUUAAUAUAUUUGAAAACAACCCAAGAGCCACAUAUAUAUUAUACGGAGGAAAUACUGCGCACGGUGUUUAUCCUACGAGCAAGAAAGAUAUCUACAUUGAUAUAAACAAUAUUCCAAAUUUGCGUAACAUUGAAAAAACUGACUCUAUUUUAGUCCUAGGAGGAAAUCUAACCCUUACCAUGGCGCGGCAGGCAUUUAAAAAAUAUUCAACUGAAAUUGGAUUUGAAUAUCUAAGGCAAUUGGCCGAGUAUGUAGAAAUGAUUGCAAACGAUUCCGUGCGAAAUAUUGGCACUAUUGCUGGUAACUUAAUGAUAAAAAAUGAGCACAAUGAGUUCCCAUCCGAUUUGUAUUUGAUAUUAGAAACUGUCAGUACUCAAGUACACAUCCUGGAAAGUCCUUCCCAGAAGAAAAGUUUCUAUCUGUGGGAAUUUCUGAAGCUCGAUAUGCACCAUAAAAUCAUUUAUAGCAUUGUGCUACCAAAGCUAACUAACCAGCACAUAUGUAGAUUCUACAAGAUCAUGCCUAGAACCCAGAACGCUAAAGCUCACGUCAACGCUGGCUUCCUCUUCAAACUCGACGGUGACGGCACGGUGUUGGAGUUGCCUAACAUCAUCAUCGGUGGCAUCAAUAAGCAAUUUCUGCACGCAAAAACGACAGAGGAAUUUUUGGUGGGUAAAUCUAUUAUCAAGAAUCUAUCUUCAACGCUUUUGAAUGCUUUGGAUAUAUUGCAUGCCGAGCUGCAACCUGAUCAUGUGCUACCGGAUUACUCGCCGGAAUUUCGCAAGAUUCUUGCCGAAGGAUUAUUUUACAAGUUUUUGCUAAGCAUAAAACCGGAGAACAUAAAAGCUUUUUAUCGUAGCGGAGGCACUUUAUUAGAGCGACGUCUUUCUUCAGGUAAGCAAGACUUUAAUACGCAUGAAGAUAUGUGGCCAGUGACUAAACCUAUGCCAAAGUUAGAAUCUCUUGAGCAAACAUCAGGUGAAGCCCAAUAUUGCGAUGAUCUGCCUCCCUUUCCUAGAGAAGUGUUUUGCGCUUUCGUUGUCACAAAUAUCAGUUCUGGCCAGAUUAUUAGGAUAGAUCCGAUUGAGGCUGCUAAAUUGAAGGGUUUUAUAGGAUUUUUCAUCGCCAAAGACAUACCAGGAAAAAAUCUAUGUAUUUCUGCCGCCAGCAAGUUUAAGUCCUUGCCACAGGAUGAAUUGCUGUUCGCCGAAAAGGAAGUUUUGUAUGCUGGUCAACCAGUCGGCGUAGUCGUCGCAAAGACGCAUAAUCUGGCGAAUGAAGCUGCAAAAUUGGUAAAAAUUAUAUACGAACAAAAAACGAAAUCGGCGAUAAGAAUUAAGGAUGCUCUUGAUGCACAGGACGAUUUUAGAAUCAUGCAAAGCGUCAAUAUUUUAGCACAAAAAAAAGGAAACAAUACUCAACGUGUAAUAAAGGGCUCCUUUCGAUGCGGUAGCCAGUAUCACUAUUCCAUAGAGACUCAAUCCUGCGUAUGCGUUCCCGUGGAGGGUGGUAUGGACGUUUAUCCAUCGUCACAAUGGAGGGAUCUCAUUCAAGUAUCAAUCGGAAAUUGUCUUAAUGUUCAGAAUAAUAGCAUCAAUGUGCAUGUGAGACGAGUUGGCGGUUCGUACGGGUCGAAAAUUUCACGCAACGCGCAAAUUUCGUGUGCUUGUGCAUUGGUAUGUCAUAAACUAAAUCGUCCAGCGCGAUUCGUCAUGACAAUGGAGAGCAAUAUGCAAUCGAUAGGCAAGAGAUGUUCUACGAGUCAAGAUUUUGAAGUCGGAAUAAACGAUGACGGCGUCAUACAGUAUCUCAACACAACAUUCUGGAGCGUCUGCGGUUCCAGUUUCAACGAACAACAAUCUGAAAUGAUAAUUUCCUGCAUGCUAAGAAGCUGCUAUUUAACCGAUACUUGGACGUUCAAUGGACACGACGUGCAAUCCAAUUUACCAUCAAACACGUUUUGUCGGGCACCAGGACUUACGGAAGGAGUAGCUAUGAUCGAGAAUAUAAUGGACUACAUUACGAAAGUAACGGACCAGGAUCCGAUUGAAGUCAGAUUGGCAAAUAUGAAUAAUGUGGAUAGAUCCGUAUUAGAAACCAUGAUAAGGGAUCUGUCGAAACAGGCCAAUUAUCACGAGAACAAAAAAUCCAUUAAUGACUUCAACAUACAAAAUCGCUGGAAGAAAAAGGGAAUUGCCAUCGUACCAAUGAAGUAUUUGAUAACGUAUGAAGGACAAUUCGAUGCGAUGGUAUCAGUUUGCGCUCGGGACGGUUCGGUAUGCGUGACGCAUAGCGGAAUUGAGAUCGAUCAAGGCAUAAAUACUAAGAUCGCGCAAGUAGCAGCUCAUACACUGGGUAUCGAUAUCAAAUUAAUUUCCAUCAAACAAAGCAAUAAUUUAACUGCACCCAACGAGUCAACUACAGGACACAGCAUUACUACAGAAACCUGUGGAUACGCAACGAUCCAAGCUUGUACACAGAUUUUAAAUAAACUCGAGCCGAUAAGAGAAAAAAUGCAAAAUCCGACAUGGAAGGAGCUCGUUUUUAAAGCGUAUGAAGAAGAUGUUGAUUUAUGCGCACGUUACAUGUUGGUGACCGGACCAACGAAAGAUACGAUGAAGCCUUAUCCCGUUUACGGUGUUACCAUUGCCGAAGUAGAGAUCGAUGUCCUGACUGGUCAGCACGUUAUCAGAAGGGUUGAUUUGAUGAUCGAUGCAGGUCGAAGCUUAAAUCCGAUGAUUGACAUAGGUCAGAUAGAGGGAGCUUUCGUGAUGGGAAUAGGAUACUGGACUUCUGAAGAUUUGGUGUACGAUGAUAAAGGAGUAUUAACAAAUUACAGAAGUUGGAAUUAUAAGCCACCAGGAGCAAAGGAUAUUCCUGAAGAUUUCCGCAUAUAUUUAUGCAAAAACUCGGUCAACGUAGAUGGUAUCUGCGGUUCAAAAACAAUCGAUGAAGCACCUCUUUGUAUGAGUUUCGUAAUUCCGCUAGCGAUUCGCUACGCACUGGAUUCUGCGAGAACACAGGCAUGGAAUACGGAUAAGUGGUAUGAGUUGGUUUUUGCAAGUAUUUAA